GCCUGGAGGUGCGGGGCGGGCUCGGAGAGCGCUCGCGGGGCUGCUCUCGCCCGAGCGGCGGCGGCUGGCAGUCGCUCCCUCUUUCCGUCCGCCCCCUUCCCUGGAGCGGCCCCGUCGCCACGCCAGGCCCCCUCGCCUGCCGUCGUCACGCUCCCGUUCUCCCUUUUUGGCACUUUCCUGUCGAGCCAUCCUUCUGGACAAACUUUGAUGGAGAAUUUCACACCACGCUGGAAAAAUGCCGGUUAUGAAAGGAUUACUGGCGCCCCAGAACACCUUCCUGGACACCAUCGCCACCCGUUUUGACGGAACACACAGCAACUUCAUCCUCGCCAAUGCCCAGGUGGCUAAGGGUUUCCCCAUAGUCUACUGUUCUGAUGGCUUCUGUGAGCUUGCUGGAUUUGCCCGAACUGAAGUCAUGCAGAAGAGUUGCAGCUGCAAAUUUUUAUUUGGGGUUGAAACCAAUGAGCAACUGAUGCUUCAAAUAGAAAAGUCAUUGGAGGAAAAAACAGAAUUCAAGGGAGAAAUUAUGUUCUACAAGAAGAACGGGUCUCCCUUUUGGUGCCUCCUGGACAUUGUUCCUAUAAAGAAUGAGAAAGGCGAUGUGGUGCUUUUUCUGGCCUCAUUCAAAGAUAUAACAGAUACGAAAGUGAAGAUGACUCCAGAAGAUAAAAGAGAAGAUAAAGUCAAAGGAAGAUCAAGAGCAGGAACCCAUUUUGACUCAGCCCGGAGACGGAGUCGAGCAGUCCUUUAUCACAUCUCUGGGCACCUGCAAAGAAGAGAAAAGAACAAAUUGAAAAUAAAUAAUAAUGUUUUUGUAGAUAAACCAGCAUUUCCAGAGUACAAAGUCUCUGAUGCAAAAAAGUCCAAAUUCAUACUGUUGCAUUUUAGCACUUUUAAAGCCGGCUGGGACUGGCUUAUUUUAUUGGCGACGUUUUAUGUCGCCGUGACAGUACCCUACAACGUCUGCUUCAUUGGCAACGAUGACCUGUCUACAACUCGGAGCACAACCGUCAGUGACAUUGCCGUGGAGAUCCUUUUUAUUAUAGAUAUUAUUUUGAAUUUCCGAACAACCUAUGUCAGCAAGUCAGGCCAAGUUAUCUUCGAAGCAAGAUCAAUUUGCAUCCACUAUGUCACAACCUGGUUCAUCAUCGACUUAAUCGCUGCGCUGCCCUUUGACCUUCUGUACGCGUUCAACGUCACAGUGGUGUCUCUUGUACAUCUCCUGAAGACUGUCCGCCUGCUGCGUCUCUUGCGUCUCCUGCAGAAGCUAGACCGUUACUCCCAACACAGCACAAUCGUCUUGACUCUGCUUAUGUCCAUGUUUGCGCUCCUCGCACACUGGAUGGCGUGUAUCUGGUAUGUCAUUGGAAAAAUGGAGAGGGAAGACAACAGCCUUCUGAAGUGGGAAGUUGGUUGGCUCCACGAGCUGGGAAAGAGGCUGGAAUCGCCCUACUACAGCAAUAACACCUUGGGGGGGCCGUCCAUCCGAAGUGCCUAUAUUGCUGCUCUGUACUUCACACUCAGCAGUCUGACCAGUGUUGGAUUUGGGAAUGUCUCUGCUAACACAGAUGCUGAGAAGAUCUUCUCCAUCUGCACCAUGCUGAUUGGUGCCUUGAUGCAUGCCUUGGUGUUUGGAAACGUGACAGCGAUCAUACAGAGGAUGUACUCCAGGUGGUCCCUGUAUCACACCAGAACUAAGGACCUGAAGGACUUCAUACGUGUCCAUCAUCUACCCCAGCAGCUCAAACAGAGGAUGCUCGAAUAUUUCCAAACAACCUGGUCAGUCAACAAUGGAAUAGAUUCAAAUGAGCUUUUGAAAGACUUUCCAGAUGAACUGCGUUCAGACAUCACUAUGCAUCUAAACAAGGAAAUUUUACAGUUGUCCCUUUUUGAGUGUGCCAGUCGUGGUUGCCUCAGAUCUCUGUCUCUACACAUCAAAACCUCUUUCUGUGCUCCGGGAGAGUAUCUGCUGCGUCAAGGAGAUGCUUUGCAGGCCAUCUACUUUGUAUGCUCAGGCUCCAUGGAAGUUCUGAAAGACAGCAUGGUGCUGGCUAUUCUAGGGAAAGGAGAUUUAAUUGGCGCAAAUCUAUCAAUUAAGGACCAAGUGAUCAAGACCAAUGCAGAUGUGAAGGCUUUAACCUACUGUGAUCUCCAGUGUAUCAUCCUCAAAGGACUCUUUGAAGUGCUGGACCUUUACCCAGAAUAUGCCCACAAAUUCGUAGAAGACAUUCAGCACGACCUCACAUACAACCUUCGAGAAGGUCAUGAGAGUGAUGUGAUAUCAAGAUUAUCAAACAAAUCUACAGUCUCACAGUCGGAGCCCAAGGGAAAUGGCAGCAUCAACAAGAGACUCCCAUCCAUUGUGGAAGAUGAGGAAGAGGAAGAGGAAGGAGAAGAGGAGGAGACAGCUUCCCUUUCUCCCAUCUACACGAGGGGAUCCUCCUCUUCACGCAACAAGAAGGUUGGAAGUAAUAAAAGCUACCUCGGCUUAAGUUUGAAGCAGCUGGCCUCAGGAACAGUGCCAUUUCAUUCACCAAUUAGAGUCUCCAGUUCAAAUUCUCCCAAGGCCAAACAAGAAAAUGACCCUCCUCACCAUGGUAAAAAGAAAGAGAAGAACUUGAAAUUGCAACUUACGGCUUUGAAUAGUGCUGGACCCCCAGACCUCAGUCCAAGGAUUGUUGAUGGAAUUGAAGAUGGAAACAGCAGCGAAGAAAGUCAGACUUUUGACUUUGGUUCUGAAAGAAUAAGACCAGAGUCCAGAAUUUCUCCUCCUCUUGGAGACCCCGAGGUGGGAGCUGCUGUUCUUUUCAUCAAAGCAGAGGAGACGAAGCAGCAGAUAAAUAAACUCAACAGUGAGGUAACAACAUUGACUCAGGAAGUCUCCCAGUUGGGGAAAGACAUGAGAAAUGUGAUCCAACUUCUAGAGAAUGUUCUGUCACCACAGCAGUCAUCACAAUUUUGCUCUCUGCACACUCCCUCUAUGUAUCCUUCUAGGGACAGCUUACAGACCAGGAUGGCCUGGAGUGCACCCCAACCUUGCCUACACUUGCAAGCAGGUGGAGCCGCUUACACCCAAGCACAACUUUGCCAUGGCGACGUCACCUCAGACAUUUGGAGUGUGGAUCCCUCCUCUGUGGGGAACAGCCCCCAACAAACUAGAGCUCAUGAGCAAAGUCCCCCAGACCCUGAACUUUAUCGUACUCGAAAUCUUGAUUAUUCACCUGCCCACUACCAGGUUGUCCAAGAAGGUCACGUGCAGUUUCUAAGGUGCAUCUCUCCACACUCAGAUACCACACUGACACCUCUGCAGUCCAUUUCAGCAACCCUCUCGUCCUCUGUGUGUUCCUCCUCAGAAACAUCUUUGCACCUGGUUCUGCCCAGCAGAUCAGAGGAGGGCAGUUUCAGCCAGGCAGCUGCGAGUUCCUUCAGUCUGGAAAACCUGCCAGGAUCUUGGGACCGGGAAGGAAUGGCAGCAGCGUCUACCAGACCCCUGGAGAGCCUCCCCCUGGAAGUGGUCACGAGCACAGCAGAAGGGAAAGAUAUUAAAGCCAUAAAUGUAUGAGACCAACGCACACGAGGCAAAUGCCAGCCUCACACCCACCACUGCAUGACAGCCUUUCUUGCCUCGGUAGGCGUGAAGGAGAGGCAGAGCUGGCAACCCUUAGAAGAGCAUGUGAGAAGCCAGGGAAAGGUAGCACCAACUCCACCCCGUAGCAACCAGUUUCUAGAUCCUCGAAGCAGAAUAGAAACAUUUUCCUGUACAGGUAUUAACUUACUGGUCUGUUUGACAGACUUGGGUAAAAGUCCAAAGACCCUGAGGGUCUGAGCAGCUAGAAGUCCCAGACAAAGAAUUUGUGGAUUCGUUUUGUCCGAGGUGGCAUUUGUGAAAUGCAGCAAAGGGUUUUUGUUUGUUGUGUUUUUUUUUUUCUGAGUGCCUGUUUGUCAUUCCUGAACAAUAUCCAUAGCACUGUUGGCCCCAGGAGCCCAGCUCCUGCUGAUCUAUUUUUCUUUUUGUGAAGGCAAAGGGACAAUUAUCACUGCAUGUCAUCUCCUAGACAAUCAGUCCAAUAGAGUUGGUGGCCAGUGGUUAGCUACUGCACGUUAUUUGCCAUGUAAAUGAAUAUGUCUUUAUUUAUCAAAAAAAAGAGGCUAUUUUUAUAUCCUUGGUAUGAAAUAUGUAUUUAAACUAUUUAAA